AUGUCAACAAUACAAGCUGAACAGCAACAAGAACAACAACCAUUGGAUUUAAUUCGUUUCCAGCUAGAUGAAUAUGUUUUGGUCAAAUUAAGAGGUGCAAGGGAAUUGAAGGGCAAGUUACAGGGUUAUGACAGUCAUUGUAAUAUGGUAUUGAGUGAUGCUCAGGAAACAAUAUACACAUCCAAUGAAGGUGGUGAUAGUGAGGACAGUUCUAAAGAGCCUAUAGUGAAAAAGACUGCCAUGGUAUUUGUUAGAGGAGAUUCCGUUAUUUUAAUAAGUCCAAUACAGUAA